CUGAGCAGAAUGGCAGGGUAGAGAGGAAACACCAUCACAUUUUAAAUGUGGCUAGGGCCUUGAGGUUUCAAUCAGGAAUUCCUUUACAAUUUUGGAGUGAUUGCAUUCUACAUGCAGUUCAUUUGAUUAAUAGAUUUCCUACACCUGUGUUGAAUAAUAAGAGUCCAUAUGAGAUUUUAUACCAAACACCACCUUAUCUUGGACACUUAAAGGUCUUUGGCUGUUUAGCCUAUGCCUCAACAUUAAGAAGUGGCAGGACCAAAUUCCAGACUAGAGCCAGGCAGUGUUUGUUUUUGGGAUAUCCUAUGGGAAUCAAAGGCUACAAGUUGUUUGAUUUAACCACCCAUGAUAUUUUCAUAUCUAGGGAUGUGAUUCUGUAUGAGGACAUUCUACCUUUUAAGAACUCCUCUGCUAAUGCUGAAGAAGAUACAAAACCUUCUUUUCCUGAUCUUCCAACCAUACAAUUCCCUUCCACCACUGAGCUUUUUCUUCCUGAUAGCCAGGCUCAUGGGGGCCAUACACAACCACCUGAUGCUUCAGGAACACAGGAGGAUUUUUCUGCUGCUAGUCCUGGUUCUCUUCCUGGCUCUUCCAGUUCCAGCCCUCCUUCUACUUCUACUCCUAUUAAUCAUCAGGAAGUUGCUAGUGAUUUUGAUUACUAUAGGGAUGCUGAGCCUGACUCUCAGGACUCAGAUGAUGAUGAACUACCACCAGGAGAUGAAUUGGAAGAAGAUGAUUUACCUCCCAGAACCAGGAAACCUCCUGUUUGGCAUAAGGAUUAUGUCACUUCAAUCAACCAAAUUAGCCAAUACUGUAUGGCAAACUACAUUUCUUAUCACCAAUUCACUCCACAGCAGAAGAGGUUUGCACUGAACUUGACAGUUUUGAUGGAUCCACCGAGUUAUAAAGAAGCAGCCAAGGAACAUCACUGGAUCAAAGCCAUGGAGGAGGAACUGAAUGCCUUGCUUGAAAACAAUACAUGGGAUCUUGUUACCUUGCCUCCUGGAAAGAGAGCCAUUGGCUGCAAAUGGGUGUACAAGACCAAGCUAAAACCAGAUGGAGCCAUUGAGAGAUACAAAGCAAGGUUGGUGGCCAAGGGGUUCACUCAAAUCUAUGGAAUAGAUUUCCUAGAUACCUUCUCACCUGUUGCCAAAAUUAACACAGUCAAAACUCUCCUAGCUGUUGCAGCAGCUAAGGACUGGUAUCUACAUCAAAUGGAUGUCUCCAAUGCAUUUCUGCAUGGAGACUUAGAUGAGGAAGUCUAUAUGACACCUCCACCUGGACUGCAAGGCAGUGAAGGAAAAGUUUGCAGAUUGAGGAAAUCAUUGUAUGGCUUGAAACAAGCAAGCAGACAGUGGUUUGCCAAAUUGACCUGCUCACUACUUAAAAAUGGCUUCUCACAAUCAGCAUCUGACUACUCAAUGUUCACUAAAAGAGUUCAAGGUAGACUGGUUGUAUUACUUGUAUAUGUUGAUGAUAUCAUCUUGGCAGGACAGAAGUUAGAUGAUUUGGAGCUGGUCAAACUCUAUAUAAAGAGAAGUUUUAAGAUCAGGGAUCUUGGAGUUUUGAAGUACUUUCUGUGGCUUGAAAUUGUCAAGAAUGAUCAAGGAAUUGUGGUGAACCAGAGGAAGUAUUGCAGUGAACUUCUUGAAGAUAGUGGUUAUUCAGAAGCUAAGGAAACACAAACACCUAUUGAUAUGAAGGUGAGGUUGAGUUUUUCGAGAAGGGAAUCCACUGGAAGACCCAAAAUGUUACAAGAGGCUCAUUGGGAGGCUGCAUUAUCUGACCAUUACAAGGCCAGAUAUAUGCUUUACUGUGCAGCAGUUAAGCCAAUUUCAAGGGAAUCCCCUGGAUACACAUAUGCAGGCAGCUUUGAGAGUGCUAAGGUACUUGAAAAAGUCUCCAGGACAGGGGAUCAUGUUUAGAAAGGACACAGAUUUUUCUGUCACAGGUUAUAGUGACUCUAAUUGGGCAGCUUGUCCUGACACAAGGAGAUCCAUCACAGGGUUAUGCACUUAUUUUGGAAACUCUCUUCUAACAUGGAAGAGUAAGAAACAAACAACAGUCUCAAGGUCUUCUUCUGAGGCUGAAUACAGGGCUUUGGCUCAUUUGGUUUGUGAGCUUCAAUGGAUGAAAGGUUUGUUGGCAGAGCUUGAUGUUAAAGUUGCAGUGCCAAUCACAGUUUACUGUGAUAACAGAUCAGCUAUUCAUAUAGCUGAGAAUCCCGUCUUUCAUGAAAGAACAAAGCACAUCGAGAUAGAUAUGCACGUUACUAGAGAGAGGAUCAAGCCUGGUUUAAUCAGGUUAUGUCAUCUUCACACUUCAGAUCAAUUAGCAAACAUUUUCACUAAGGGAUUGAGCAAGUUCAGACUUUUGGAGCUACUUGGCAAGAUGGGAGUAAUAGAUGUAUACUCUCCAUCUUGUGGGGGCCUAUUGAAUGAUCCACAAGGAUCAGAUGCAAGAAGGACAACAGCUACAACAGUGAUUCAUUGCAGUCCUAGUCAAGGAAGGAUUGUUCGAAGUCAACAGAAGACAGGCAGUGGACUGAAGUGUGAGGUUUAACAAGUUUGGAAUUAGCCCGGUAUUUUACCAAAAGAUGUCGUUUCAUUCUUUAUUCGUUUUAGUCUGUUAGAGAGCAGAUUAGUUACAAAUAAGCGAAUCAUGCCUUGCCACCUGUCGGGCUUUGGUUAAUGGAUUCAACCAACGGUUAAGUCCUGUUCAUUAGCCGUUGUAAUCAUCUUUCCCUCUUCCAUAUAAAUACAAAACAACCAAAAGACAGGACUGUAGGUUUUCUACAGAUCCUCGACCUCAAUCAGUCGCCUUCUUUCUUACUAACCAUUGAGAGAUCAAGCACGCAGAUCACCUUUGAGUCGCGCGAUCAGCUUCCACACCACACUAUGUUGGAGGGUUUGCCAUCUGAACCAAUCGUGGGCUUCCAACACGAACCAACUAGAUCGCUUUUUGUCUUAAACGAAUUACUAUUGGUUCUGUUUUGAUUUUAGCGAUCCAUGUUGAUUGCUCCACUUUCACUACUAAAAUUGCUGGUAUGUGAAGCGAUCCAUUUCAAACUUAAGUAUUAUAGAAAAUUUUAGUGUAAGUUAUGUAUUAUUGAAAAUAAAGUAGUAGCCGAGGAAAAUACAUUCAAAUCUAUUAUAGAAUACGUAUGGGGAUGUCCUCUCUCCUGCACUCAAUCCCAAACCACCACUUUCCUAACCUCACACCUAUUUAGGGAUGACAACAAAACUCGAACCCACGGGUACCCACCCGACCCAACCCAGUCAACGCGGGUAAAAUUCGUGUUAACGGGUUUUGAGCUGGGUUUGGGUUUAAACCCGUUCACUAUUCACCGGGUUGGGUUGGGUUUGGAUUUAGGUAAACCCGGCCCACAGCCAUAUAAAUAAUUUUCUCGGCAUAUUUAAUAUUUUAAACAACUAAUCUUAUUUAUGUUUGUGGAGACAUGUCUAAUUUUUUCUUCUUAGUUGUGUAGAAUGAAGUUGAUGUUAUCGA